AUGUUACUGGCUGAAGUUCGCAAUAUCCAAGGAAAAUAUAUUCCCCGGAAGAUUCGUUUAGAUGAUCACAUUGGAAAUACUGACGGCUGGUUCAUCUGGGGUGGAUCUAAUUUCACUCAUUCUGCAAGAAACGUUGCACUAGAGGAAACUCCAUGGGGCCCCAAACUUUGCGCCGAUCUACCAAUGAUAAAUGGUGGCUCUCGAGGCCGCCAGGGUAUGAUGCUGUCCGAUAAGAUCCAGAAUAAUGAUGGCCGUCUCAAGUUCCUCGGGCCUUGA